UUUUGUUUUUGUUUACUUUCAGUUUUGAUCUUGAGUUUUCAGUUUUACUCUAUAGUAUAAAUAACAAUAAUAAUAAUAUGAGUUUCAGUUUCUUAUUAUAACAUUUUAAAUAUAAUAAUUUUUUGUUAUUGUUUAUUAGUAUGUAUUAUAAAUUAUAACCUUCAAUACAUAUAUAGUUCCAUAUCAGUGAUUUUUGUGGCUACUUUUAAUAAAAUUUAAAUUUUGAGCAGAAUACCAUAAAUGCCAAUAAUAACUUAUUUAAUCUAAAUAUUACGUUUGAACUUAGUUCAUAUUUUAAAUAGGAAAAGUGAAGUGAGAGUUUUUAUAGUUAUGCAUUUAUUGCUGCUUUUUGUAUUCAUCGAUUUAGCCACAUGUUUCGACUCCAGGAAUGUCGUGUUCACGAUUGUCAGCCAGAGUGAACCUUAUCAUGCCAGUGUCGCCAGCCGCCUCGAACAGGAUAUUGAGAAACAAGUCUUAGAAUUGGAAGGUCGACGUCCAUUAGUAUAUGUCACACAUGAAGAUUUCGCCGUAAGUGGGGCUUGGACGAUAAUACCCCUACUACGACCCCUCACGACAAAAUACAAGGGCAGCGAUGUCCGGUGGGUGCUGUUCGUAGAGCCCCACACAGCCGUUAGGUGUGGUAAGCUGUUUGAAGCGCUGGCUGCGGCUGAUGGACAUCAGGACACAAUGUGGAUAGGCUAUGCGCUAAGUGAUGAAGAGCCAACCAUUAUCCAUCACUUCAUGUUUUAUGAGGAGUUGGAGGACGAGGGAGGGUUUCUUUACCCACAUUUUGCUAGUGGAUUCGCAAUGCGAAUAAAGCUUAUGGAAAAACUCCUGGAAGAAAUCGAAAGUGGCAAAAGGAAAUUGGAAGCAGAUUUUUCGAUAGACCCAGCCUUUGAAUUGGCACAGCUUGUGUAUGGUGACAGGAACAACCCGGGACCUCUUCUCACUCCCGAUCUUAGCUUCUGUAUCGUGUCCGGAGAAAACUGCGCUACGUAUCCGCGUCAGUUUGAUUUAUGUGGUAGUCCCAUAUCUGAGGAGACAAUUUUUUUCGCCGUGAAGACCUGGAGUGGAUUUCACUCGACGAGAACUAAGGUGGUGAAGAAGACGUGGGGCAAACAUGUCUCGAAUCUGUACUUUUUUAGCGAUGAAGCUGAUCCAUCCAUUCCAACAAUAGAUAUAGGCGUACCAAACACUAAAACCGGACAUUGUGCCAAAACUGUAGCCAUAUUGAAACGUGCGGUCAAAAUGGUAGAAGAAAUGCCGCACAUUAAAUGGAUAUUCUUAGCUGAUGACGAUACUAUUCUGGGCGUGCAGAGAUUGUGCGAAGUAUUAAGCUGCUACCGCGGUGGGCAGGACCUCACUGUUAUCGGCGAGAGGUACGGCUACGGCUACGGCAAAAUAGAGACUGCGGCCAAAGGUUACGAGUACAUAACUGGCGGGGGCGGGACGGUACUGAGCGUGGGUGCGGCGCGGGAGCUCAGCUCGUGCGCGUGCGUGACACGUGCCGCGCCCGACGACAUGACGCUGGGCGCGUGCGCACGACGCCGCAACAUCACGCUCGUGCACUCGCCGCUCUUCCACCAGGCGCGGCCACAGGACUACGCGCGGGAAGUGUUGGCUCGGGACCGGCCGGUUUCUUUCCACCGGCACUCGUCCCCCGACCCGCUGCGGGUGUACGCCACUUGGUUCCAACACGACGACUUGGCGCUAAAGCGCAGGAGAAACAAAGAUGAACUUUAGGCUAUUAAAUUAAAUAGGAUUGUGUAAACAAAAGUCUUCUAUUAAGAUAGCAUUUCAUAAUGUUUGCAAUUGUUUGUUUAAGUUUUUAAGAACUCUAAUUAAAUUUUUUAUGACACCUCUAAUUGGUUGAAACUUUUGUAAGGUAUUGCCUUGGUGUGUAGUCUAAUUUGUAACCGACUUCAAAAGGAGGAGGCACUCAAUUCGACUGUAUUGUUUUUGUGUUACCUCAUAACUUUUUCUAGGUGAAUCGAUUUUGAUGAUUAUUUUUUUUUAUCCAGUAGUAUUUGAGUUAUCCUUAAUAAUUUAUAUUGAAGUCGGUUGUACAAAAUUUUUAAUUUUUCCACUUGUUCUGGUUACGUCAAUGAAAAAAUCAUAAAACUAAGUGACUAAUAGGCCAAUCUGAUAUAAAAACUCGUUGAUUGCCCAGAGUGUACCGUACAUAUCCAAAACCUGGUGACGAAUUUUGAAUACAUAUUUUUGACUUAUUACAUCCGGUAUAGGAAUGAAGCUUAGCUUGUUUUUUAACAGUUAUCAAAUUCAAAUUAAUUAUAUUGUAUGAGUGACUGUAUACAACUAUAAAUUGUGAUAAAAUGUUAUAGAAGAAAAACUGGACGCACAAUAAAUAUUAUGUUAUUAUGUAAACAAACAUGCUCUUUCACUUAUUGGACGAGGUUUUAUGAAAACAUUGACUAUGGGCUUUUUGAUUUUCAAGCAGCAAUAGAUAUUAAGGUUACUAUAGAAACUAGUAACAGUCAAUAAAUUAUAGGUUGUGUCGCAGACGGACUUAAAAUAGAUUGCGCACGAUGGAUCUGUAUUAAUAAACGGCCGGGUUAUUAUUGAUUAUUGUCCUUAACUGCUGAGGUUUUCAUUUAGUGUUUUAUUAUUAUUUCAUUCUUUGUUUAAUUAAUUAAUUAAUUUAACUUCAUACAUUAUAAUAUAUGAUUUAAAUACUGACUUAAACUUAAGCACUGAGGCACUUCUCUUUGUAAAAAUGAAGCAAUUAAUUUAGUGUGAAGAGGCUAGUACCUAUGCAAAAAGUCUAUUCUGUGAACGCCAGUUUUCAUAAUACCAUCGUGUCGUGACAUACGCAAUUUUAGAAGCAUUUUGUUGUUUUCGUUCUUGAAUAAAGCAUAAAAUUAAUAACAAAUUAAAUAAAGACAAGUGAUUUUUUUUUAAAAAUUGUAUAACUUUUUUUAAUAUAUACCUAUCACGUACUUUUCACAUUCAUCAGCUAAUCGGCUAUAUUCAAAAUUUAAAGACUAGCUAAAUAAAAGUAAAAAAGUAUGGUUGCUAACCCGCUUCCCAAUUGUUGCAAUGAUGUCAAAUAACACCCCCUAUAUAGAACAAUAUAUGCGGGAGGACUAUGUUCUGCUGUGGACUUUGGAUAGGCUGCAAUGGUAAUGAUUUGUUUGUCUAUGUUUCUGUAUGUUGUUUUUCAAAUAUUGCAUACUAUAAAACUCAUCACCAGCAGUCUCGCACCACGAAAUUUGGUGAAUGUAAAGUGUAAGUAGUAAUAAAUACAAAUAUAUAUGAACAAUUUUUUAGUACUUCAUUAUAUUAUAAGGAUCAUUGUUUAUCGUCAAAUGUGAUGUAAGUACGUAGAAAAUUAUAUUUACUAACAUACAAUGUAUUGAUAAUAAAAUGUGAUAUUUUU